AUGGCGGAAAUCGACGAAUGGUCCACCAGAUACAUGUUGGCCCGGUUCUGUAUGUUGCUCUACCCCAAGGACAGCGCCAGGCACAGGCAAGUGGCCGGGAUAGUGCAUAAAGUCGCUUUGGCCAACCCCGGAAUGGCCGGCGCCACGCCCUGGAGAGUGUUCGUCGUGGACGAGUCCGAUGUGAACGCGUUCGCGCUGCCCUACGGUUCGAUGUUCUUCUACCGCGGCCUGUUGGACUUCACCAACAACGCGGACCAGCUAUCCAUGUGCGUGGCUCACGAGAUGGCCCACUGCAUUCUCCGGCACGCCACCGAGAUGAUGAGCCAUCGGCGGCUGUACAACGUGGCCGAACUGCUGCCGUUGACCGUGGCCUACUUUUUCGCGUCCAACAACUACGAGUUGUCCGCGUACAAGGUGCUGUGCAAGAUAGCGUACCAUAUGGUGGCUGAGCUGCCUCGCAGCAGGCUUAUAGAACUGGAAGCCGACACGCACGGCCUGGUGUUGGCGGCGGCCGCCUGCGUGGACCACAGCCAGGCCGUCCACUUCUGGGCCAAAAUAUCCAAGUAUGAGUCCUGGCUCAGUCGCUCUUUUUGGUGGAUGGCCACGCAUCCGCUGAGCGAUGUCCGAAUCCGAAACUUGGAAGUCAACGCGGCCAUGGGCGACCUGAUUGGUGAAGCCAAUGGGUGUGUGUUCAGGCGAAAAUCUUCUUAA